AGGCAGUGACUGUGGGAGAGAGCAGAAAGUGAGCGAGAAUCGCAGCAUGUAGUGGAGGCCUGCAGUUCGGGACUCGGUCUGCAGCUCAGCCUCGCCACAUCUCGCCUUCCCACUCUCCUCCUCUCUUCUCUCCCCCUCCUGCUGUCUCCUUGGCUUUUCAGUCAUCAGCUCAGACUGCUUUUGCUGCCUCCUAUCUACUUUUCCACUUCUGGACCUCCGUCACAUUUUGCUCUUCGGGCGAAUGGAGUGAGAGGCUUUUUCAGUACCUGGUCUACCUCCUCGCUUCUUGUCCCAUGGGCAUACGUGCAUCUUGCAGGCCAGAGCCUCAUGGUCGCGGCGGGGCAUCUCUGCAGGGUCAGGGAGAAGCUCCCCUUCCGGAGCAGGAUGAGGAGAUUCUGGGCUCCGACGACGACGAACAGGAGGAUCCCAACGAUUACUGCAGGGGUGGAUAUCAUCAUGUGAAGAUUGGCGACCUGUUCAAUGGAAGAUACCAUGUGAUCCGUAAGCUGGGGUGGGGUCACUUCUCCACCGUGUGGCUGGCCUGGGACAUCCAGGAGAAGCGAUUUGUGGCCAUGAAGGUUGUUAAAAGUGCUGAACAUUACACAGAGACUGCGCUGGAUGAAAUCAAGCUGCUGAAAUCUGUGAGAAACACGGAUCCCAGAGAUCCCAACAGAGAGAAAGUGGUGCAGCUGCUAGAUGACUUCAAGAUUUCUGGGAUGAAUGGAACUCAUGUGUGUAUGGUGUUUGAGGUCCUGGGCUACCACCUUCUGAAGUGGAUUAUAAAAUCAAAUUAUCAAGGCCUGCCCCAGCCUUGUGUGAAAAGCAUCAUACGACAGGUUUUGCAGGGCCUAGACUACCUCCACGCCAAGUGUAAAAUCAUUCAUACAGACAUCAAGCCUGAAAACAUUCUGCUGACUGUCAACGAGCCCUACAUUAAGAAGAUGGCUGCCGAGGCGACACAAUGGCAGAAGUCUGGUGCUCCACCUCCAUCUGGAUCUGCAGUGAGUACAGCGCCGGCACCCAAAACGAUGGCCAAAAUGUCAAAGAAUAAGAAAAAGAAGAUGAAGAAAAAGCAAAAGAAACAAGCAGAGCUGCUUGAGAAGAGGAUUCAGGAGAUGGAAGGCGGUGCUAUGCCUGAUGGUGCAGAGGAAGACGAUGACGAUGAUGAGACGGAGACUAAUGAAGAUACGUCCUCAGCUACUGUUCCUGUCUCUUCGACACUGCAAGACGUUGCUAACCACACAAGCACAGACUCCACUUCUGACGAGCAGCCUCCUCUGACACCUCAGCUAGGUCAUCAGAAAGCGGGCGCAACAGCGGAGGAGAACCAAAUGGAGAUCAACUGCAACGGCCAUUCCUCCUCACCGGACAACAAGGACAGUUCAGAAAAACAAGGGACCAAGGAGUCUGUGGAGGAGCAGGAGGAGGAGGACCAACAGAACGCGAACCAACCAGAAACCAAUGCAGAGACUCCAGAUUCUAUAUGUAACGAAGAGGAGCAUGAAACCUGUGACGCCUCACCUGCAGUGGCCGAUCCCGCCUCGGAGCCUCCCUCUGCUUCCCUCAGCUCCGACGUCGCCGUGGAGCCAAACGACAGAGAAAGACAGGAGAAAAAGAUGGAGGACAUGGAGACUCAAGGGGAGAACAAAAAGGAGAGUGAGGAAGAGGACAGCCAGAGUGGCUCAGCAGGCAGUUUGUUGGUAAACCCCCUGGAUCCUCUUAACGCCGACAAGCUGCAGGUCAAGAUCGCUGACCUUGGCAAUGCCUGCUGGGUGCACAAACAUUUUACAGAUGACAUCCAGACACGGCAAUACCGUUCGCUGGAGGUUCUGAUCGGAGCUGGCUACAGCACUCCAGCCGACAUCUGGAGCACCGCCUGCAUGGCCUUCGAGCUUGCUACUGGAGAUUAUCUGUUUGAACCGCACUCUGGAGAGGACUACUCCAGAGAUGAAGAUCACAUAGCGCUCAUCAUUGAGCUGCUUGGCAAGGUUCCUCGGAAACUGAUUGUGGCGGGCAAAUACUGCAAGGAGUUUUUCACCAAGAAAGGUGACCUGCGACACAUCACCAAGCUGAAGCCGUGGGGCCUGUUCGAAGUCCUGGUGGAGAAGUACGAGUGGUCCAAGGAGGAGGCUCACUCUUUCAGCAGCUUCCUGCUGCCCAUGCUGGACCUGGUGCCUGAACGGAGGGCCACGGCGGCCCAGUGCCUCUCCCACCCAUGGCUCUCCUCCUAAAGCCUGCACACCGCCGCCAUUUUUAUAUAUCGUGACAGAACCCAGCCAGCAAAUUCAUUCAUGUCUGCGAGCAGGACCCUCAUGGUUGCCAGUACAUCCAAACGACGGAGAGGAAAGCGGUCGAGGCUUUGUCACUAAUUGGAAAACGUUCAACAACGCCUUACACUUGUACUUAGAAAGAAUUGGCAUUUAUUUUUUUAUUAUUUUCUGAGUGCAGGUGUAUCGCUGGUGCACAUUUUUUUCUCUUCAAGAACUAAAAUUUGCACUUUUCUGACACAAACAGAAGUGAAAGAAGCUUUGUGAAACAGUAAUCCAUUGGGUGUCGUACAGUUGAGCCAAAUCUUUGCCAGUCAUCAUGUGCCAGCUUUUACACUUUUUGGCCUAAGACUUUGUUCAGUUUGCUCCUGCACAGUGCUUAUCAGAUUAAAAAGUUACCAUUGAUUUUUAAGAACAGUCUUAAGAUUUAUCAUCACCAACAACAAAAGGAAGAUAAAAAAAAUUUUUAAAAACAUUUUUACACAAACAUCUCCACAGAAUAUGACAUUUAACACAGUGUGCAUCAAUAACAGCUGUCCAAAAGUACACUGACAACCAGGCUUUUUUUCCCUUGAGAUAUUGUCAAGGUUCUGCAUUACUUUGCAUUUUUUCAGCAUUUGAGGGUGAAAUGGAUUUUUUUUCUUCUGGAUGGACAGCUCUGCAGACGGUUUAUAAACACUGGUAUACUUGGAAUCCAGCCACACAUGGAUAAGCAACCAGCGCUCAGUACAUCGUACCAAAGAGUUUGGCUUGACGCAGGUUCUGAAAAAGACACUGAGUAGCAAAGGAGGCUUUAUCUGAAGGGCUUAACAACUUUUCCAUUCUGUGUGAUCAGGCAAUAAAUUUAGCUUCUACUGUGCAAGACUUCCCCCCACCCCCAUGAAUGUGCUGGUUUAACAAAAGAUUGUACUAAUUGCAGAUAUUAUUUUAUUGCUUUGACUUUCUUCACAGUUGUCAUAUGUUUAAUGAUGCAAGUUUCUUAUGUCCAUGUCUUCCGUCUUUAUUUCUUCCUGUAGAAUAUAAGAAUAAACACUUUUCCAAAUUAG